AGCUGGUUCUCUGAUCCUCAGACGUGAACCUAGAUCCAGAUCCAGUUCUCAGCAUGGUUGGUAAAAAACAAUGUAAGAAUCUGCUCCAGACACGUCCUGAUCCCCCAGGUGAUGCUUCCAGAAACAGGAUCAGGAGGAACAGGAUCACCGCAGUGGCUGCCCGGGCUGCAUGGGCCACAGUUACGGCAUGGGCCGCAGUGGCCACAGUGGCAGCCUGGGCAGCAUUGGCCGCAGUUGCCGCAUGGGCUGCAUUGGCUGCAGGGGCCACAGUGGCAGUCUGGGCUACAUGGACAGCAGGGACUGCAUGGGCCGCAGUUGCUGCAUGGGCUGCAGUUUCCACAUGGGCCACAGUGGCUUCAGUGGCUGCUUGGGCUGCAUGGGCUGCGGGUACGUCAUGGUCCACAGUUGCCGCAUGGGCUGCAAUGGCUGUAGUGGCCGCAGGGGCUGCCGUGUGUACAGGGGCUGCAGGGGCUGCAGUGUGUGCAGGGACCGCAUGGGCCAUAGUUGCGGCAUGGGCCGUAGUGGCUGCACGGGCAGCAGUGGCUGCCUCGGCUUCAUGGGCAGCAGGGACCACAUGGACUGCAGUGGCUGCAAGGGCCGCAGUGGCUGCAGGGGCUGCCGUGGCAGCGGUGGCUGCAGUGGCUGCCUGGACUGCAUGGGCAGCAGGGACUGCAGGGACCCCAUGGGCCGCAGUGGCCGUAGUCGCUGCAGUGGCGGCAGGAACUGCAUGGGCUGCAGGGACCGCAUGGGCUGCAGUUGCUGCAGUGGCGACAGGGGCUGUCUGGGCUGCAGGGGCCUCAGAGGCCACAGGGGCUGCCUGGGCUGUCCGGGCUAA